CAUUAAACUCAAAGCGCCUUGAGGUUUUAUCGGAGUAUAACAGUAUAUAGACGCUCACUCAUCAGGCUGUGGCUGGCGUUGAAUCACAACAAGCAGUGAAAGAAGGCAGCUAUCAGUGGUGUGACCAUGUCUUCCUCCUCCUCAGUCCGACCGAAUGCCGCCGGUGCCGUUGACUCGAAGAAGAAGCUAACUUUUUUUGCGAACGCGAUGAAACGAAAGGACAGCUUCAUUCAACUUUUCGCAAUGACUGGAAUUCUUCUCUUAAGCAUGAAAUCUUUGGGACAAAAGUACCGAAUCCAUGGACUCCAAGAGGAUACUCAUGAUCUGAGGGAAGAACACGAUUCACUCACCGAUCGUAUGAAAAAUAUCAAGACUUCAUUGCUUCACGAAGCUUCUCAAGAUUCCACUGGUCUCUUCGCUUCUCGCCUUCGUAGUCUCUUCAAUGAAUAGCAAUCAUUCUACUUCCCGUGAGUAUUUUCUAUGCUACAUGAUUUCUCAGCUCCUCCUUUUAAAUUGUUGUCGUAACUGAUAAUGGAAACUAGGGUUUUGAGACUAGGUGCUAGGAAUAUAGUGUAGUUUUCUUGUUGAGGAUGUUUGAUGAUUGUACUUCAACCGUGCGUGACUGCAAUUCGUAUUCAAUUUGAAUGUAAUUUUCCGUCUGAAGGAAUAAAGGAAGAACAGAAACAAGGGUCGUAGGUGUCCUGAAACCUAGCAAAUUCAUGAAUUUUUACAUUUAGUAAUUCGAUCUUCUUACAUUUAUAUUA